UUCUUUACUUUCUUCUUCGUUACCCCUUGCGUCUUCUGGAACACACGCCCCCUUUGCUCUGCAGGUCCAAUUAAAAAGGACAAGAAACAAAUUAUGAAAAAAAUUCAUCACAAAACAUGACCCAAAAGUCCCAUGCUUGAAUUGAUUACCUGCCCUCUCCUGCGUUGCUUGAGCCGAGCGCAGACGAUAACAAGCGCCACAAAGUGCCAAGUACACGCAGAAGCAUUUGAUCCUUUCACCUCUUCUCACUUACACACACGCCCCCCUUCCCUCUUUCUCCUAUCCUAUUCUCCACACAAAAGCUCGGUUGUUUCCUUCUGCCUUUGCACCCCCUUGUUUUCACACGUUGGUUCAUUCCGAUAUAAAUUCGUGUGUCAAGCUUCGCACCGCCCGCCACGGCUCCACACGAGGCCCCCUUCGGAAGGGCUUGUGCUUGAUCCUACCAGUCGGGACUGUUCGAUCGCAGGGCUACUAGGCAACCUUGUAUCUAACACAUGGCUCUAGCUUCUGUCCUUCUGAUCUGCUCCAAAGUACAUCGACACGACUCCGGACCGCUGUACCUGUCCCGGCUUCCACUCUGGAGAAAAAAAGAACCCCGUAAUCUUGACCCGCCACCCCCUC